AUGUCGACCACCUCACGCAAACGGAAAGGCAGUACCGUCCCGGAGACCGCAGCCGGUGACCCUGGACCAUCAAAGAAACCCCGCGCGUCGAAGAAGGGUCCUGGCAAGAAGGGAGCACCCGUCAGGGAUGCGCCUGUGUGGCCCGAGUACUUCAAUAAUGCGACAAUACAGGCCUUGAACACGGUGCUGGCAUUCUGCUCUUCUCGCAAGAACUUCGCCAUCACGUUCCCGGUAGUGAGGAAGUCUGUGGAACAGCUGCUUCACGCACCCCUUGAGCUCGAGAAAGUGGCAGAGCUGAAGGCACUUCUUCCCGAAGUGGUGAAGUUCGCAUAUACGCCCCAGUCCGAGCUCCGGAUACACAGCGACCAGCACGUCAGCUCCGGCCGUCGUGAGCGCUCUCCGGACUACUCCGCCUUCCAAUCGGCGGGUGCGUCGAGCUCGCGCGUGAACGACGUCGACGCGGACGAGCAUGUGCUGGUCCUCGACUUCGUGGAUAGCUCGCGAGGCAAGAAAACGCCUGGAUCUGGAUUGGCGUAUGCCCUUCCGCCUGCUCUCACCCCGGCGGCAACUAAGAAACUCGUAGAGCGCCGGAACGAGCGCUUCAUUCAAGCCGUCAAUGAAUUACUGAGUGCUACACCGGCCGACGACGAUCCAGUGGUCUUGUUGCAAGCUGCUGCCCGGGAUCACAUUCCCGUCCACCCUGGGGCAAACAAAGCCCAAGGAGAAGUACUAAGUCAAUCAGACGCGAAGGGGAAGUACAGAACGGUCCCAGAGCCCGACGGUAGGCCUUCUAUUGAGGAGGUUGUAGAGGAAAUCGAGCAGCAAGAAUGGUAUAAGGAGCAAGUUACGUGCAAACGCAUCUUUGAAGCCAAGGACGGUCAGCUCGGUAUGCCGUUACUGGAUCCGCCCUUGUCGGACUCGAUAGUCCAGGCGUUACGCAAUUCCCGGAAGAUUACAUCCCUAUAUACUCACCAGGUUGCCGCUAUAACUGCUCUUUCACAAGGCAAGAACGUGAUCGUCUCCACCAGCACCGCGUCCGGUAAGAGCGUCAUAUACCAGGCACGUAACGGUCAUUUUGUCCCACUUCUGCAGUUCCUGGAAGCGGAUCCGCACUCAACGGCGAUCUUCAUAUAUCCCACGAAGGCACUGGCUCAAGAUCAGAGAGCUGCCCUUGAACAGCUACUCUGUAAUUGUGCAGGGCUCGAACAUAUUCAGGUCUCCACGUACGAUGGAGACACGCCCCAAGAACUUCGUCGAGGGAUACGUGAGAGUGCAUCCGUGAUUUUCACGAACUUCGCGAGUGACAUGAUACACGCUUCAAUUCUUCCCCACGAGGAUGCCUGGAGAAGAUUCCUCAAGAACCUCAAGAUCGUCGCGGUCGAUGAACUGCACUACUAUCACGGCAUAUUCGGAAGCCAUGUAGCGCAGGUAAUGCGUCGCCUGAGGCGAGUCUGCGCCGCGGUGGGAAAUCGCCGGGCCCGAUUUGUUACAUGCAGUGCGACUAUCGCGAAGCCUGGGCAGCACAUGAAGAAUAUUUUCGGUGUCGAUGAUGUCGAAGAGGUGACAGAAGAUGGUGCACCGUCCGGGCGCAAAGACUUUCUGGUGUGGAAUUCACCACUGAAAGAUCCCAUGGAUCCCGCUCUCGGUCGUAUCAAUUCUAUGACCGAGGCCACCAGACUCAUGCGGUUUCUCAUGGCAAGAGGCGUGCGCGUCAUUCUGUUCUGCAAGAUUCGGAAAUCGUGUGAACUGGCCAUGAAGACCUUGAGGCAGGAGCUAACCGCUGACGGCCGUCUAGACAUACUGGAGAGGGUCAUGUCCUAUCGGGGUGGCUACUCGCAGGAGGAUCGCCGCAGAAUAGAACGGGAAGCCUUCUCAGGCAACUUACUUGGAAUUGUAGCUACCAAUGCGCUGGAGCUGGGCGUCGACAUCGGCGUCUUGGACGCGGUGAUUAUGCUGGGCUUCCCUAUGGGCGGCUUGGCUAGCUUUAGGCAACAAGCUGGACGUGCCGGACGGCGUGCUCGGGAUGCGCUUGCUGUCUUCGUGGCUGACUCGCUGCCAGUCGACCAGCAUUUCAUCCACCACCCCGAAGAGCUUUUUGACAGGAACACGGAUGACCUCAUGGUUGACUUGGACAGCAAGGUUAUCCUCGAGGCUCACCUGCAAUGCGCUGCAUACGAGAUGCCGUUGAUGGACGAAGAUGAAGCGUACUUUGGUUCGUCGAUGAAAGAGAUCUGCGAGACAAAGCUGGUCAAAGAUAAGGAGGGUUGGUAUCACACGCACCCCAAGUACCUCCCCUACCCCUCGCGACACGUCUCGAUCAGAGGGAUCGAAGAGGAAAAGUACUGCGCUGUGGACGUCACACGCUUAGGUAGGCCGGGCGGGUCGGCCACCAUCCUCGAGGAGAUCGAGAUAUCGCGUGCGCUAUUUGAGAUAUACGAAGGCGCGGUGUUUAUACACCAGGGAUUAACGUUCCUGGUCCAAGAGGUCAGCCAUGAUACCAAGAUGGCGCGCCUCGUGCGGAGUGAUGUGAACUGGAUUACCGAACCGAGGGACUUCACGAACGUGGAUGCGAUGCAGACGUAUAGGAUCCGCGAGAUAAGGGACUCUCCUCAUCGAGCAUUCUAUGGCCGGGUUGAACUGCUCACUGUGGUCUUCGCUGAACUUGAAAACAGGAAUAAAGCGAUUAUUGAUGCCGUCGAUUUGGACACUCCUCCGUGGCAGCGGGAGACGACAGGGAUGUGGCUCGACGUACCCAAGCCCGCCCUGGAUCUCAUGCGCGCUUCCGGAGUGAAUCCCGCUGAAGCGAUUCACUCUGCACAACACGCAUUCCUCAACCGUUUCGCACUGUCCAUAGAUCUGAAGACAGAAUGCAAGCCCCCAGAGAAGGAGUACAAAGCUGCCCCUUCGCAGCGAAAGAGGCCAGCUAGGCUUAUUUUCUACGAACCGGCGGGUAAGACAGGGGGUGUAGCAGUCAAAGCCUUCGAUCAUGUGAACGAUGUGUUACGCGACGCCCACGACCGCGUCGAAGCAUGCGAGUGCGAAGACGGGUGCACCUCAUGCGUCGAUAGUCCCGCCUGCAAAGAAGGCAAUGUAGUAUCGUCCAAAACAGGCGCCCUCAUCGUCCUCAAGGCCCUGCUCGGCCGCCCCAUCGACGUCGACCUCCUGCAGCACGAACCUGAAGACAUUGCACACACGCACGUACACGAUACUGUCGUCGAAGCGGUAAGCGUGCGUGCCACAGAGGGCGUAGAAGUCGAACCCGCAUAG